AAACAAGCGCCAAGAGCUCAGUGAAAACUUCCACGCCUCACCUACCCCAAAGUCGAUCCCCACACGUUUUACAAGGCCAUGGCGGCCGCGGGGUGGUUCCUGGCACUCGCCGUCGCCCUCGCUGCCGGCGCCCUGUCAUCACGGUGCACCACGACGGCCGUGGCCAGGCCAUCACUGUACACGGGCUCCUCGUCCUCGUCGUCGCUGGACUGCGGCACGGUGACGUCGGUGCUGGCGGGCUGCGCGGGCUUCGUCAAGCACGGCGCGGCGGCGUCGUCGCUCCUGCCGGCGCCCGGCACACCCUGCUGCGAGGGGGUGGCGGAGCUGUACGCCGUCGCUGCAGACUCGGCGGACAACUGGCGGUCGGUGUGCGGCUGCAUGGCGGGGCUCGUGAGGCGGUACAGCUCCAACGCGUCCGCCAUCGCUUUGCUGCCCGUCGUCUGCGGCGUCUUGCCUACAGGAUUCAAGGUCGACACCCUCACCUACUGCAGAAGGUGCGUACGUGCGUGCACGACACGCAUCCAUCUCUCCAAAUGGAUGGUAACUUUGGCGCUAAUAUUGAUUAUUAUUUUUCGAUCGGUACGUUGUUCUUGCAGCCCACCUUGACGUGU